GAGGAGAGCUACGAUACAGUAAACAAGUAAGAAAAUGUUUUCCAUUUUGACUUAAAUUUGUGAGUACCCGACAAGUUACUACAAAGUGUAAUCGGCCAGCCACUCGGGGAAGUCUUCUCUGUAAAGAGUAUAAAUAGAAUGAUGGUCAGGUAGAAGGAAGUGGCGAAUGGGAGCGAGUGAGGCCGCAGUCUGGGAGAUAUUUGACCGAUCGGUAAGUGCCAUGCUUCUAUUUGCUUGAGCAUUCGUUACAACUGCAACCAUAGGCCAAACAUAUAAUUUAAGUAUGUCCUACCGCAAUCGGAACGCAAUUCGGUUCUGCUGAUUUGAUAGUCGAUCGUCUUAUCUGCCAACCCAUUGAUUAAUUAGGAAUCUGUGGAAUGGUGUGCAUUAAAUGUUGAAAUUAAUAUAAAUAAAUAAAUUUUGAUUAACAGGUUGAUGAGAGGUGAUAUCCCAUCUGCCACCUACCACCUAUCACUUGCCACCUGCCACCUGCCACCCCAUAACCACAGCGUGAGCAGCGGCAAAGCAUCAAUUACGUGCAUAAGUGUUCUAACUGUGGGCAGCGCAUUCUAUGUCAGUUGCUAUAAUUCACCACCAAUACCACCAUAUUUCACCCACUGACUGUAACUCAGUUCACCACAACAUAUUCAUAGUACACAUAGAAUUUUAUAUAGGUACGUAGACGUAAAGUUUUGUAGUUUUUCUAAUAAUGUCAGUCAGUAUCAAUACUCAGAGUCGAAAAGACGCAAAUCACAAAAAAUUGAAUAAAUAAAAUUAAUUUGAAAAAGGACCACUAUACCGACGAACGAGAAUUGGACACGAGAAACAGCAAAUCUGGGAAAGGGCAGCAAUCUGCUCGGCAGCGCGACAAAUUCUUAUAGUGAAAUGAAAGUUUCGGAAACAAGCAACUAUCAGAUGUCAACCCAAACCAAUCAAUUAGUUCCUGAUGGCAAUCAGCAAAGUUUUCGAGUCUCUACUGUACAAAUACCAGGGAUUUCGCAAUUAUUACCAUCUUUGUAUCUUUGCGGCGCCAGUGUUAUCUCGGGAAAAGCUCUCGAACACCUAGCUAUCAGUUUUGUUAUAAACAUCGCACCAGAGCUACCGGACACACCUCUUCCUCAUUCUAAUUUUAAUUGUCGUGUUUUAUAUUUACGCAUUAAUGCUUUUGAUCUACCGAACGCCAAUCUUUCCGUUCAUUUUGACGAGGUAACGGAUAUGAUUGAAACAGUCCGUCAAACUGGAGGAAGAACUUUAGUUCACUGCGUGGCUGGUGUUAGCCGUUCAACUACAUUUUGUUUAGCUUAUCUGAUCAAGUAUGCCGGCAUGAAUCUACGUGAGGCAUUUUUUCAUACUAAAGCCAUACGCCCUCAAAUACGACCGAAUUUGGGAUUUUUUCAACAAUUGCGCGCAUACGAACAACAUUUACAUGGUGUUGUAUCGAUAAAUAUGGUCUACUACGAGUGUAUACGGUGCAAAAUUCCGGAUGUUUAUGAAACUGAAUACAGAGCCAUGGAAGAUUUUUAUCAGAAGCAAAAAAAAUUCAAACGUUUACAUAGAUAUUAAUUAUAAUAAUGACGUACGUGUUUAUAUAGAAGAACGGCCUCACCACGAUUGAAUAUUUUAUAUAUAUCUUUUUACCUGAACACAUGUAUAUUAUGUAUGCAGAC